UCAGCGUCUUAUAGCGGGACUUCGGUGGGCAUUCUGACACUGGAGGAACUGACUUGGUGUUACAGAAAUCCCCAUGACAUCAAUAGAGUGAUCAGUGCUAAUAAAAAGCACUAACACUAUACUAAUGGCACUGAGCAGGAAGGGGUUAACAUCUGGGGCGAUCAAAGGGUUAACUGUGUGCUGUUUUACUAUGUGGCCUGUGUGUGCUUUCCACUGUAAGCACACUGCUUUGUAUGGCUCUGCUAUGCUUAGCCAUACAAAACAGUGUGCAGGAGCUGACAGGGGAGACAUCUGUAUUGUUUACCUACAGGUCUCUCCCCCGUCUGUAAUACUUGGAGAUCGCCAGGUGCCGGCGGGGAAU